AUGUCUGUUCUGGGUGGCAUACCCGCCACGAAUGGCGCGGAGUAUCGGCAACAACUGGGUGUCGAACACAAUGGACAGGACACGGAUACUGUAUCGUCCAAGACACAGACGGAAGGUGUAAACGGAGAGCAAGAUUCGAUUGAUAUAGAAGGAGAAGUUGAAGAGAUGGCCAGGCAACUCACUCGCCAUUCCACUCAUUUUUCAACCUCGCAGGCAAAGAACCCUAUCUUUGAAGAUGACAAGGAAACCACAUGGCAUCCCGACAGUCCAUUUUUCAAACCAAAGGAUUGGGUCAGAUCUCUCAUCGCUGCUCAAUCGCAAGACCCAGAGCGAUUUCUUCAACGGUCGGCGGGUGUCGCGUUCAAGAAUCUCCAUGUCCAUGGUUUCGGAAGUCCCACUGAUUACCAGAAAGAUGUCUUCAACGCGCUUUUGAGUAUUGGGAGCCUCGUCCGAAACAUGAUGGGAACUGGAAUGAAGCAAAAGGUGCAGAUUCUCAACAACUUCAAUGGAUUGGUUCGCAGUGGAGAAAUGCUAGUUGUUUUGGGUCGCCCAGGAAGUGGUUGCUCAACUUUCCUCAAGACGAUCGCUGGUGAGAUGAAUGGCAUCUAUGUCAGCGAUGACAGCUAUAUGAACUACCAAGGAAUCUCCGCUCCUACUAUGCAAAAGCAGUUCAAGGGAGAAGCAAUCUUCAGUGCUGAAACUGAUGUGCACUUCCCUCAACUCACUGUUGGUGAGACCUUGACUUUUGCAGCCAUGGCGCGUGCACCACGCACGCGAUUUGCCAACCUGAGUCGGAAGCAAUACGCUGAACACCUCCGUGACGUGGUAAUGACUAUGCUUGGACUCAGACACACGUUCAAUACCCGCGUUGGAAACGAUUUCGUGCGAGGUGUCAGUGGAGGUGAGCGCAAGCGUGUGAGUAUCGCUGAAGCCAUCCUUAGCGGUGCACCGCUUCAAUGCUGGGACAACAGCACACGAGGUCUUGACAGUGCCAACGCACUGGAGUUCUGCAAGAACCUUCGUUUGAUGAGUGAUUACACCGGUACCACUGCCUGUGUUGCUAUCUAUCAAGCCUCUCAGAGCGCAUACGAUGUCUUCGACAAGGUUGCCGUACUCUACGAAGGCGAGCAGAUUUAUUUCGGUCCAACCGGGGAGGCUCGUGAAUUCUUCGUCAAUAUGGGCUUUGACUGCCCAUCGCGCCAGACAACUGCCGAUUUCCUCACGUCUCUCACAAGCCCAAGUGAGCGUAGAGUGAAGCCAGGUUGCGAAGACAAGGUUCCUCGGACCCCCGCUGAGUUCGCACAGCGAUGGCAAAACAGCCCAGAAUGUGCUCGCCUUCUUCAGGAUAUUGCUACCUUCGAUCAAGAGCAUCCUAUCGGCGGCCAGUCACUUACUACAUUCAGUGAGGCUCGUCGAUUGAUGCAGUCAAAGCAACAACGUCUCAAGUCCCCAUACACCCUUUCCGUCAUGGAGCAGAUCAAUCUGAACCUGCACCGUGGCUUCCAGCGUCUCAAGGCCGAUAUGACUCUGACAUACUCCGCCCUAUUCGGGAACUUCUUCAUCUCCCUGAUCUUGGGAAGUGUUUUCUAUAACCUUCCCGCGGAUACAACGAGCUUCUUCUCCCGAGGUGUACUCCUCUUCUAUGCCGUUCUCCUUGCUGCAUUUGCCAGUGCUCUUGAGAUCCUGACACUUUAUGCCCAAAGACCAAUUGUCGAAAAGCAAUCGCGAUAUGCUUUCUACCAUCCAUUCACGGAAGCGGUUGCAUCUAUGUUAUGCGAUCUCCCAUACAAACUGACCAACUCUGUCACCUUCAACCUCCCACUCUACUUCUUGUCCAACCUCAAGCGUGAGCCGGGUGCAUUCUUCAUCUUUUGGCUAUUUUCCAUCGUCACCACAUUGACUAUGUCAAUGGUAUUCAGAACCUUUGGCGCAGCGUCACGAUCACUUGCUCAAGCGCUUGUUCCGGCGGCUUUGCUCAUUCUGGGACUCGUCAUAUACACUGGUUUUGUCAUCCCUACCAGGAACAUGCUAGGCUGGUCUCGCUGGAUGAAUUACAUCGAUCCUAUCGGAUACGCAUUUGAAAGCAUGAUGGUCAACGAGUUCCGUGAUAGGAAGUUCGCCUGCAAAUCCUUUGUUCCUUCAGGACCAGGUUACGAAAAUGUGGACGCCAUCAACACCAUUUGCAGUACUGUCUCCGCUCAGGCGGGAGAUGCUUACAUUGAUGGAGAUGCGUAUGUGGCAACCGCAUACAACUACACUGACGCGCAUCUCUGGCGUAACCUGGGCAUCGUCUUCGCUUUCAUGAUUGUCUUCAUGUUCGUUUAUCUUACUGCUACCGAGUAUAUCUCCGAGGCUGCAUCCAAGGGUGAAGUAUUGCUUUUCCGUCGCGGUAAUCAACCAAAGGCCUCGAAAGGGGAUGCCGAAACCACGCCAGAUUCAACCUACCGGGCCGAGGAGAACGCCGAACGCGCUGGUGCAAACAUUCAACGCCAGACUGCUAUCUUCCAGUGGCAAGAUCUUUCCUAUGACAUCAAAAUCAAAAAUGAAGAUCGUCGGAUUCUAGACAACGUCAACGGAUGGGUGAAGCCCGGUACGGCGACUGCUUUGAUGGGUGUCUCUGGCGCCGGAAAAACCACGCUUCUUGAUGUUCUGGCAACCCGAGUGACGAUGGGUGUCGUCACCGGCGAUGUCUUGGUCGAUGGUCAGCCCCGAGACGAUUCAUUCCAACGAAAGACUGGUUACGUGCAACAGCAAGAUGUCCAUCUGCCCACUUCGACAGUACGAGAGGCUUUGCAGUUCAGCGCUGUGCUCCGACAGCCCGCGCAUCUUAGCCGUCAAGAAAAGUUGGACUAUGUUGAAGAAGUUUUGGAAUUGUUGGGCAUGCAGUCAUAUGCCGACGCGGUGGUUGGUGUUCCAGGUGAAGGUUUGAACGUUGAACAGCGCAAACGCCUGACCAUUGGCGUGGAGCUCGCUGCCCGACCUCAGUUGCUUCUCUUCCUCGAUGAACCCACCUCCGGCUUAGACAGUCAGACCUCAUGGUCUAUUUUGGACUUGAUUGAGACUCUCACUAACCACGGACAAGCUAUUCUGUGUACUAUUCACCAACCGUCUGCUAUGCUCUUCCAACGUUUCGAUCGUCUUUUGUUCCUUGCGAAGGGAGGGCGCACUGUGUAUUUCGGUCAGAUUGGAGAGAAUUCUUCGAUCCUCGCAGACUAUUUCAUGCGCAAUGGUGGACACGCUCUUUCCGAGGGUGAGAAUCCUGCUGAAUGGAUGCUGGAUGUGAUCGGCGCCGCGCCUGGAUCUCACAGUGAUAUUGACUGGCCGGCUGCCUGGAAUGAAAGCGCUGAAAAGGCAGCUGUUGUUCAACACCUGGGUGAACUGAAGUCUUCCCUUUCUCAAAAGGCACCUGACGCUGGCGCAGAGACAGAACAUCGUGAGUUUGCGUCCUCGACCAGGGUUCAGCUCUGGGAGUGCCUUUCUCGGGUCUUUUCUCAGUACUGGCGUACGCCGUCCUACAUUUAUUCGAAGAUCAUUCUGUCGAUCCUUACAGCGCUCUACAACGGGUUCUCAUUCUUCCACGCACAGAACUCGAUCCAAGGUCUCCAGAACCAGAUGUUCAGUAUUUUCAUGCUCAUGACCAUCUUCGGAAAUCUGGUCCAGCAAAUCAUGCCCAACUUUAUCAUCCAACGUUCUAUCUUCGAAGUACGCGAACGUCCUUCGAAGAUGUAUUCUUGGAAGGUAUUCAUGGCGUCCAACAUUAUUGUUGAGCUACCUUGGAACACCCUCGUGGCGAUCCUGAUGUUCUUCUGCUGGUACUACCCGGUCGGAUUGUACCAGAAUGCAGAGCCAACUGACGCCGUUUCUGAACGGGGUGCUUUGAUGUUCUUGUAUCUGCUCAUGUUCCUGCUAUUCACGUCUACUUUCUCGCACAUGGUUGUUGCUGGUGUGGAGAACGCCGAAACCGGAGGAAAUAUCGCCAACUUGCUCUUCUCACUUCUUCUGCUGUUCUGCGGUGUCGUUGCCACCCCAGAGGCUAUGCCCAGGUUCUGGAUCUUCAUGUAUCGCCUCUCUCCGUUCACUUAUCUCGUAUCCGGAAUGCUCUCGACGGCUGUCAGUGGCGCCAAUGUGACAUGCAGCUCUAUUGAAACGCUCGUCGUCGAUCCCCCAAGCAACCAAACAUGCUACGACUAUCUCAAUGCGUUUGCCACUGGCAGUGGCGGCUAUAUUGAGAACCCUAACGCAACGAGCGCAUGCUCGUACUGUCCUAUGCGCUCAACCGAUGCCUUCCUGGACCAAGUAUUCUCCUACUGGAGUGAUGCCUGGCGCAACUUUGGACUUAUGUGGGUCUAUUUGUUCUUCAACAUUGUGGUAGCCCUUGGCAUCUACUGGUUGGCUCGUGUUCCCAAAGGUAACAAGACCAAGGGCAGCGCUUGA